AUGCGCGGUGCAGUUCGCACGUUUUUAACUAAGAGAGCGCGAGGGCAUCAACAACAUGUCAUCAAAGAAAAGCAAAGGGAAAGUGAGGAAGUCCCAGGGAGAGGAAAACAGCAGUUUUAUUAGAGAUGGAUCGGAGAUGGAUUUGGACUCUUCAGGACUUCUUGGACUGUGUGUGACAGAUUUUAUAGAGAAAGCAGAGGACAAGGCUCCAAAACGAUGCAGAUCAAUCUUGGCUCAAAUGAGUCUGAACACCAUGAAGAGUCUGACUGCUUGUAUUGGACGACCGAUCCUGAUCACAAGCCCUACAGGACGCCAGGAGGUGUGUGUAGCGUGGCCUGCAGCCCAGUUUCCCGGGAGGAAAGUCGGUCUGAUGCCUGAUACGCAGUGCAUUCUGGGAGUGAAAACUGGAGAUGCAAUCACAGUGGAGCCCAUCACUGGAGCUAUUCUUCAUGCAGAAGAGCUUCAGCUUCGCCUGAGGAAGGAGGAUGAGUGUCUGGACUCGGAAGAGUUUAGCAGCUUCGUCCUGCAGUCGUUAGAUGGUAGGAUUCUUCUCCCUGGCACUUCCUUCUUCGUGUCCUAUUUAGCCCGGAAGUGUGAGAUCAGUGUGACGUCUCUGAAGGGUGUCGAUGGAGUCGCCCUUUCUUCUGGCCCUCUGGAUCUCUCUCUGCACCUGGGUCAGCUGAGCCUCAACCCUUCCUGCAGCACGCCGAACCGCUCUUCCUCCGCCACUCCAAGCACGCCGAACACCACGCCCUUCAGCCCGAGCAUCCACGUCCUGUCCGACAGCGCUCUCCAUCCUGACCCGGAAACGCCCGCACACAAGGGGACAGAACCACAGCCACAAGAAGACCGAAAAACCCAAGCGCCAUCUGCUGGUCGAAAUGGGAACGACACCUUCUACUCGGUCUGCGGUUCGACGAGAAUCGGUUUCACGCACGUGCGCACUCAAGACAGUCAGGAUGAAGGUCGGGAGAGGUCAAAGGUCACGUACAGUAUGAUCGGAGGGUUGAGCGCUCAGCUGCAAGUGAUCAGGGAGACCAUCGAGCUGCCGCUGAAACAUCCCGAGAUUUUCAGGAAUUAUGGAAUCCCGCCCCCUAGGGGCGUGCUGCUGUACGGCCCGCCCGGCACAGGGAAGACGAUGAUUGGACGAGCGAUAGCCAAUGAGGUUGGAGCGCACAUGACUGUCAUCAAUGGCCCUGAAAUAAUGAGCAAGUUUUAUGGAGAAACUGAGGCACGAUUGCGUCAGAUAUUUGCUGAAGCUGCACAAAGGCAACCAGCGAUCAUCUUUAUCGACGAGCUGGAUGCGCUUUGUCCGAAGAGAGAGGGAGCUCAGAAUGAGGUGGAGAAACGAGUGGUUGCUUCACUGCUCACACUCAUGGAUGGCAUUGGAUCUGAAAGUCACAGUGGCUCUCUGCUGGUUGUGGGAGCCACUAACAGGCCUGACGCGUUGGACGCGGCCCUGCGGCGCCCGGGUCGCUUUGAUCAGGAGCUGGAGGUGGGUGUGCCGUCAGCACAGGGACGUAUGGAUAUCUUGAACAAGCAGCUCUGCUCCGUCCCCACCCACAUCACCACUGAGGAGCUGCAGGAACUAGCCGAUGCUGCGCAUGGAUACGUCGGAGCUGACCUCGCCGCUGUGUGCAAGGAGGCCGGGCUCCAUGCGUUGAGAAGAGUGCUGUCCUCCAACCCAGGCAUCUCUGAUAAUGACCUGAUGGACAAACUGAACGUCACGACCUCUGACCUCCGACUGGCUAUGACUCAAGUUAAACCCAGCGCCAUGAGAGAAGUGGCCAUCGACGUGCCAAAGGUGCGUUGGAGUGAUGUCGGAGGGAUGGAGGAUGUGAAGCUAAAGCUGAAGCAGGCUGUCGAGUGGCCGUUGAAGCAUGCUGAGGCAUUCUCUCGGCUCGCCGUAACGCCCCCUAAAGGUGUGCUGCUGUAUGGACCACCUGGCUGCUCCAAGACCAUGAUCGCAAAAGCACUUGCUAACGAGAGCAAACUCAACUUCAUUGCAAUCAAGGGUCCUGAGUUACUAAGUAAAUACGUCGGUGAGUCUGAGAGAGCCGUGAGGGAGGUUUUCCGGAAAGCGCGGGCCGUGGCUCCGUCCAUUGUUUUCUUUGACGAGAUCGACGCUCUGGCUGUAGAAAGGAGCAGCUCAUCCCGUUCAAGCGGAGUGGCUGAUCGGGUGCUGGCGCAGUUGCUCACAGAGAUGGAUGGAAUUGAACAACUUAAAGACGUCACGGUUCUCGCCGCCACCAACAGACCAGACAUGAUCGACAAGGCUCUCAUGCGUCCCGGUCGUUUAGAUCGGAUCGUAUACGUUCCGCUCCCCGAUGCAGCAACUCGGAGAGAGAUCUUCGGUCUGCAGUUUGGUAAAAUGCCCGUGCAUCCCAGCGUGCACCUGGAGGACCUUGUGACCCGCACAGAACGCUACUCGGGAGCAGAGAUUACCGCAGUGUGUCGUGAAGCUGCACUUUUUGCCCUGCAGGAGGACAUGAAAGCUGAAAACAUCACUGUCAGCCAUUUUGAAUCCGCCCUGGCAGUCGUAAAGCCUCGGGUGCCGGACUCGCUUCUUCAGUUGUACGCUGACUACCAGCGGCAACACGGCUCUGGAUCCUUUCACUGAUAGUGUGUGUGUGUGUGUGUGUGUGUGUGUGUGUGUGUGUGUGUGUGUGUGUGUGUGUGUGUGUGUGCACCAGCGGACUAAGAUCUGAACACAAAAGAAUCCAAACCAAAUAACCUUUUGUGAACCUAGGUGAUAGGAUAUCAACAUUGUGCUCAAUAUAUACUGUCCCGACUCCUAGUGUGUAAAUGUCAAAAGGAUAAAGUAUUACAACAUUAAACGUGGUCACAUCACUUCA